AAACAAAAAUAAUUUAAUGACAGUUUUUCAAGAAUCUUGAUGAGAAAAGACUACUAAUUUUCAUCGGUGAAAUAUUUAAAAAAAAAAAACGAGCUAAGACUUACAAAUGUAAGCCCAAGGCAAGGCCAAGGCGAAAAUAAAAGGAAAUUAACAUGGCAGCUACAAAUAUUGGAUAUGAGCUGUUGCAAAACAGUGCUCCAAAACAGAAGGAGACUGUUGACUUUGUACCUGAUCGCAUGAUGCCUGUCUCAACAAUGCACAGAAUGGCCUUAAAAGCUCAAGAAAAAAUUAUUCUCCUGAUGAACAAUACUUGCAUGCUCACCAGACACCAUCGACUAGGUAGCAUGAAUGAUGUCCUGAUAUAUCUAACAGGCAAUCAUGAAGAUCAAGGCAUGCCGGGGGACAGAGGAGACUUCUACAGAAGAAAACUUGCUGAACAGCUCUACCUCCAUUACUCUGUUCAAAACAUAGACCACAUCAACAUUCUGGCCCUGAUCGAAGGUCUGAUACGCCUUGAACAUGACUGCAGAGCUAUCCUGUCCGCCCGUGCUUGCCAACGAUCAACUGCUCCGCCAGUCAAUGUUGAUGGCCAGAUUUUAAGUGUCAUUGGCCGCCUGGCAGAAAUUCAUUAGACAUCAGAAAUUAAUAUACCUAACCUAUGUAAAGAUUAUGGUUAAUUCAUAAAACCACAAACAGUUUAUAACAUGUAUAUUUCAAAGAGUUAUCAAAUAACAGUAUAGGUUUUAUGUUAAUGUUGUUAAAAUCACAGGAAAGAAAAUGAUUUACCAAAGAUUUCUGUCUAUUGUAAAAAUGGUUAAUAAUUUAAAGAUACUGGUAAUGUAGAUUUAAUACUAUUAUACGCUAAUGGUACAUUUAGUUUAGGUUGGUGUAAUUGCUCUAAAUGUCAUUUCAGGACUAGCUUUCUAAUAAAAGCCAUCGAAUAAAGC